UGUUGAAAAUGGCGGCGAUCGGAAUGUUAAUCGAAGCAGCCGAGUACCUUGAUCGCAGGGAAAGAGAAGCAGAGCACGGCUAUGCCUCCAUGUUACCAUUCACCAACAGUAAAGAGAGGGACAGCUUGAAACGGAAAAGCAAAAGCAAGAAAAAUACAAGUAGCAGGUCUACACACAACGAAAUGGAAAAGAACAGACGAGCGCACUUACGGCUGUGUUUAGAGCGAUUGAAAUCCCUUGUACCCUUGGGACCAGAUGCCAACAGGCACACCACCCUCAGCCUGCUGAUGAAGGCCAAAGAGCACAUCAAGAAAUUGGAGGAGAGUGACAGGAGAGCGCAGCACACCAUGGAGCAGCUGCAGAGGGAGCAGAGGCACCUGAGGAGGCGCCUGGAGCAGCUGGGGGUGGAGAGGAUACGCAUGGACAGCACGGGUUCUAACCUCUCCUCCGAUAAGUCCGACUCUGACCAAGAAGACCUGGAGGUGGACGUGGAGGGGACAGACUACCUGCUGGGGGACCUGGAGUGGAGCACCAGCAGCGUCAGCGACUCAGGGGACGAGCGGGGUAGCCUGCGGAGCAGCUGUAGUGAUGAAGGCUACUCCAGCGCCAGCCUGCGACACCUGCAGGACAGUCUGGAGAGGGCCAAGCACCUGGGCUGCAGCCUAUGAAGAAGCACUGUCUCUGGCCCAACUCCCGUCUACUGACCCAACCCCACCACCACCCGACUCCCCUAAAUCCAAUCUACCCCGUCCUGUUUAUAGAACUACUUCCUGGUCCCUCCCACCCGCAACCACUUUUACUGUCAGUCGAAACUCAGUCCACCCCCACCUCCAAUAGGACUGAUCGAGGCUCUGAGGCCUUACCGUCAACCAGCCUUCGCUCCUUUCUGCCCCACCUCACAUCGACUUCCACUCAAACUUUCAACACCUCAAAGAAAACCACCCACACCCAUGCAUCCAGCCGUCCACUCCGUCAGCCAACCAGGAAGUAGGGACAGUCUCCAGACAUCACCAAUUCUGUUCUGCUCCAAUCAAAUGAGCGGGAUUCAGUAGACACUCCAUCUCUGUUAUGCUGACCAACAUCCUGUCCUCCCUCCCCUCUACCUUCCUCCGUCCAUCAAAAACACAACUUUCAGCUUGAGAAUGUUACCACACUAUACCCCACUGCCUCUUUUUCUAGGCCCCAAGAGCUACAGUAAGCACUUUUGAGAUUUCAUCCCCUUCUUUAACACACACACACACACACAAGCACAGUUGCAUGCAUACACCCCUCCAGCUUCUAGUUGUCCAGUGAGACAGACCACACAACGAUGACCUAGACACAGGACUUCUUUUGCCCUGCUGACCAGAUGACCAUCUGUGCACAAUUUGGUGCACUAAAUCAAAUUUUUAAACAAAACUGUCACCCUUUUCUCAAACAUUGUCUCCUACAAACUUAAGGCUGUGACUACAUCCAUUAUGGGAUGAAAAUGUCAUAAGCGUUGAACAAAAGUCAGUUGGUUAUCCGUCUGAAGCCUUGUAGGAGACUAAAUUUAAUUGUUGGUGGAAAAUGUUAUUUGUUGGGGUUGGCAGCAAUACGUCCCCUAAUUCCCAGGCGUGGUGUGUGAGAGCCUUCACGCUAAUGGUCCUUGCGUUCUCUGUGCUUUUAACGUCUACACCUGCCAUUCAUAAUUGUCCUGGG